AUGUCACAAAUACUAAAAAAAGAACCUGAUUUUUAUACAAAUUAUGGUCUUGAUUCAGAUGAUGAUAAAGAUGAAACAAUUAAUAUUUUAGAAUUACACAUUGACCCAUACCUAAAUGGAAGAUUAAAUGAAAAAAUUACAUUAUCUCCUAACUCUGUUAAAUCAAAUUUAACAUAUCCUAAAAGAAAAUAUACAUUAUCAAGAGCAGAUUCUUUAAAAAUUAUGGAUAUACCUAAAUUUAGUAAAUAUGAAAUAGAAGGUAGACAUAAUAAAGAUGGACCAUCAUCAGUAACAACAGUUCUUGCAAUGGCUGGUUUAUUUAUUUGUGGCAUAAUGUUAAUGAUAUCAGGAAUAAUAAUACUUACUCAACAACGAGAAUAUGAAUUUGUGAUAACAGGAAUAGUAUUUCUAUGUACAGGAUUUGUAAUGUUAUUAACUUGUUUAAUUGUACAAAGAAAAAAUGUAAUGAAAUAUAUUUAUGAGUUAAAUCAAGAUUUAUAUUUCCUUCGAAUGGGAGAAUCCCAAUUAUGGAAUUUUGUUUUUAAUCAAGAAAAUACUUCAAAAUACGAAAAACCAUAUCAUCGAUAA